AUGGCUUUAGACAACGACACGGCAACCCCCUUUUCGAAGGAGGGAGCCUACACAGACACUGCCAACGAUGGCAAAAUGCACGACCAAGACCUCGGCCGACUCGAAAGCAAUACCUACGGCGAGACUCAUCUCGUCGCCCAGGGUGGCACGAAGCGAAAUGUCAAGUCCCGACACGCCCAGAUGAUUGCCAUUGGCGGCAGCAUCGGAACUGGUCUCUUCGUAGGAUCCGGCCAGGUCCUCGCUGCUGGCGGACCGGCGUUUCUCUUCCUGGCCUACGCCCUCACGUCUCUUCUUGUCUACGGAAUAGUCACAGCUGUGAUGGAAGUUGGCACAUUUCUCCCCAUCUCGGGUAGUUCCAUGUCGUACUACUGCAACCGCUACACUUCCCGGUCUCUUGGAUUUGCUCUAGGCUGGCUCUAUGUGUACUCUUUCGGCAUAAUUCUCGCCUACGAAAUCACCGUUGGUUCAGUCAUUAUCAACUACUGGCCAAACAACGUCCACAAUGCCGUCUGGCUGACGAUUCUCCUUGUUGUCGUCAUCGGACUCAACCUAUCACCAGUUGCUGUUUACGCAGAGACUGAGUUCUGGUUUGCGAGUCUAAAGAUCAUUCUCUUCAUCGGUCUUCUGCUCCUCUCAGUGGUCUUGAUUCUUGGUGGAGGACCGAGCGGAGAGCGGCUAGGUUUCUACUACUGGGUUGACCCAGGUGCGACCAAGGAGUACAUCAUCACCGGCUCUGGUGGUCGCUUUACCGCCUUCCUCUAUGGCUGGGUGUUUUCCGGCUUCUCGUUCUACUUCAGCCCGGAGCUUAUCAUCGUCAUGGGAGGCGAGAUGCGAAACCCGCGCAAGAACCUUCCGAUUGCUAGCCGACGCUUCUUCUACAGACUCAUCAUUUUCUACCUUCUCGGCUCGUUAGCAAUUGGAGCUAUCUGCAACUCCAACUCCGAGGGCCUCGUGUCUGGUGCCGGUAAUGCUAACGCGUCGCCCUGGGUCAUUGCCAUCCGGAAUGCCGGCAUUAAUGGUUUGCCCUCCGUCGUCAAUGCGGGUAUUCUCACGAGCGCCUGGAGUGCUGGAAACUCGUACCUCUACAUGGCCAGUAGAUCUCUGUACUCUCUUGCGGUCGCCGGCAACGCACCCAAAAUCUUUACACGUUGCAACAGCUACGGCCUUCCCAUUUACGCUGUUCUUGCAUCGAGCUGCUUCACCCUUCUUGCGUACCUGAGCGUCUCCUCAGAUGCUGGCGUGGUCUUCAACUGGUUCGUCAGUCUGACAAAUACCGCUGGAUACACCUCUUGGGUGUUGUGCGCCUUCAUCUUCCUUCGUUUCCGCAUGGCCUGCCAAGUGCAGGGCGUCAAGGUUCCUUACCAGUCCUGGUGUCAACCUUACGGAGCAUGGAUCUCCAUGAUUGCAUUCGGCUUCCUUCUCCUGGCCAAUGGGUUCACGGUGUUCUACCCCGGGAGAUUCUCUGCGUCCAGCUUCCUGACUGCAUAUAUCGGCAUUCCGCUUUUCCUGGUUACUUACUUUGGACACAAGCUCACGGUCGGAAGAAAGGACCCCUGGCUGUACGCUCCUGAAGACGUUGACUUGACGACCGAUUUGCGGGAGGUAGAAGCAGAGGCGGAGAUGUGGACGGCCAUGGAUGAGGCCGAAAAGGAGAAGCAAAGCCAUUCGCACGCGUGGUGGCGCAAGAUUUCUCUGAUUUGGGAAUGA